CGCGGCGGAGCAGAGAGCGAGCGAGUAAGUAGGCGCGCCGGGACGCUCCCCGGGAGUUGUAUGCGUUGGGGUUUGAGUGAGAGCGAGGGAGAGGCGCGGACGGACGAGCAGACGAGAAGAGACAUCGCGUCGAGACAUUGCGUCGGGCGGAAUUGAAAUGGCGGUGGCAGUGGCAGCGGGUGCGAGGAUUGCAGCUUUGGCUGCGGGAGGAGCAGGAAAAGGAGUCCAUGGCGAGGUGAGGUCCGCGAGGUUUCUCGGGGCGAGAUCGCAGUGGCGGAGCGCAGCUCGUGCUGGCGACUCCAGGAUCGUCGUCGUUGCAGGAGCAGCAGCGAGGCGCAGCUCGUUCCGCGUCCGAGCUGCCGGAGAUGGCGUCGAGGUCGAGGUCGAGGCCAAGAACAACGCCGAUGUGCUCCCCUCCGGCGAGUGGCCGGAGAACUUCUCGUUGCUGAAUUUCGAGGAUCUGCUGAAGCAUUAUGAGCCCGUGCUCUUCAAGGAAGAGGCCCAGCCAGGAUCCUUUUUGGCCGACGUCAUGUCGAAGACCAUAUACACUGCCUACCCGGAGCAGAAGUUGUCCGAAGUCGCUCAUUUUUUUAACCAGAUUUCAGGUCUUCCGGUAGUGAACAGCAAUUUGGAGUGUGUGGGCGUCCUUUCCAGAAAGGACAGAAGUAAGGCAAAGGAUGGGCAGGACUCAAGCCUAGUGAAGGAUGUCAUGUCUACACCUGCAAUUACUCUAUCUGCUGAUAAGACCGUCUCAGAUGCUGCGGUUUUAAUGCUGAAGAACAAAAUUCAUCGCAUACCGAUUGUGAAUUCUACCAAUCAAGUUGUCGGGAUUGUAACUAGAACUGAUAUUUUCAACGCCUUGGAGGGUGGACCGUUGGAUGGCAAGUAAAGCUGUACCACGGGGAUUAGAGCAACUUGACCAGGUGCCCGUCCUUGUAAAGAAGUUACAUGAGGGGUGGACGGCUUGAAUCUUACAGUAGAUGUGUAGAUACCUUGUGGAGUCGUUAUGGUACAGGUUAUGGAGUUUUAGGCUUCCUAGCACCGUCGUUCAUGUUAGAGUACUUUGAGGGCAGUUGGGAGUAAUCUCUGUGCAAACAAUGUGUAUCGUGCGGACUUUGUACAUUUAAGACUUGUAAAAUGAUCCGGGAGGUAGCGAUUGGGCGUUUGAGCUCAGCUUUAAAGAUCUGAAGGAGCUUGAGGCUUGGUUAUCCAAACUUUCACGUACCUAAAUGCAAUGGAGACGCUGCUAGUGUUCGUCACGCUCUCGAUCUCCAGUUUUGGAGAAUCCCGAGUCUGUUGUACGUCGUUGACUGUUUUCGAAGUCCACGAAGAUCACCCACCCGGAGUUUCCAGAGCGGAGUUUUCAGCUCUAGUAAAUCAGGUAUGUUCUGAUGCAAGACCAUGUAUGACCGGGGGCUGCGAACGCAUCAAAUGCAUGUCUGGUAGAAAUGUACGUGAAACGAACUGAACGAACGCCAAAUGUGCACCAGUGAUGGAGGCGUGGUGUCAGAUUGUAGCAGGCCCACACGUGAAGGUUGUCGUCGAUAUUGUUGGGGUCAGUAUCCGUGAGUGGCAAUAUUUCAAUUGGUGAAACUCGAUCCCUGCGCUGUUGGAAGUUGCCUUAUUUUAAAUGAACGGUAGUGUCCCAGUUUGGCCCCCCGGUUUCGCUGUGGCGCGGACAGAAAACCAUUCACGACAAGUUACUAGAAAAUAGAAUAUAUGAUCGAGACUGCAGUUCUCUCUUCGUUUAUGUGGUGGAUUCCUCACAUUGGCUAUGGGCGUACGACAUUUAGCAGUCUAUUGAAGUGCUUACCGUCGGAGGCACUGCGACGUUUACAGUCCUGACGGUUGUCAAUGGAGUCGCGAAAGAUGAUCGAAUUAGUCGCAGACCAUUUCUCUAAACUUACCCGUCGUUCUGCAGUGAUCUCGCAUGAAGGUUUGAACCUGAAUCGGAGCACAGAGCGAGGCAAAAACACUUUACCCCGUAACAUACCGAACAUUAGAUUACGUUCUCACCGAAAGUUACAGCAGGACCUGCAUGCUUCAUGAAUGAAGAAGUGUAUUUUACAAGUUGCCACAUGCCAUUAGCUUGGAGAUAAAUGUGUAAUUUUGUCCCAAAUUCUCAGCAAGUAAGAGGAAAUCAAAGUGUCUUUGCUCAAGAGUGUGAAUGUGACAAUAUAAAUACAGUUAUCAGCGCAGACUAGUCUGUAUGCAUCGUGUCUCUCCGCCCAGAGUAAUCUGCCUUGUAGGUAAAGUGAAUCUGGCAGGGUUGUUUACACCCUACUGUGGAGUUCAUAUUCAUACUACAGACGUAGAUUUUCAAUCCGCAGUAGUUUGUAAUUUGAAUAGCUCUGUAAAUAUCUAACAUACAAGUCGAAUUGAUCUAUCUGUCAAGUGAACAAUGAAUGAGAUGAGCAUAAGACAGACAGUAACCCAUCUCUCUUGCUUAUUAGAGAAAAGUGACUGGUAGUCGGACCGCACCAAAUACUCACAUCAAACGAUUAUUCCUUCUACCUCGACGUCACGGGCCACUUCGGUGAGCUCCUCGACCAAUGUUGCAGUAGUAUACUGUUCCAUAGCAACCUGAAACUCUGUUAAGUAUGUAAUUGUAUGACACUAUUGGAUUUUUAUACAACUAAUGUAACUGCAGACGUUACCAGCGCUUCUAAUCGCUUCUAAUGGCAGUCUAUUAAUCUCUUCAGACUUUUCUCCGAUGUUAACAAGGGAG